UUUUUCACUAACACAAGGAGUAAAAUACAAACAACAGCUGGACUGCUCUAUCAAACCUAUAACUGCCGGACAAAUCGAUAAUCAUCAUACAGCUGGUAAAAGAAAUAAUCGUUAUCGAAAAACACAGGGUGCACUGCAAUACUAAAUGAGCAGCAAGCGCACUCUUUUAUCGACAUCACCUGAUCAUAAAGAACAUACACCAAAAAAAUACGCGCCGUCCCUAAAUAUGAGUGUAAGCAGUCAACAAGACGUGUUUACAUGGAGCAAACUAUGCGAAGUCCUGGACGACAAAUUGAAGGGUGUAGCAAAGAAAGAAGAUCUGACGGAUAUCAAACAUGAAAUUGAAGAAUUAAAACAUGAGAAUUCUAAAUUAAAGGAAGACAUAAAGAAAUUAACAAACCGUCUAGAACUAGUUGACCAGAAAUCGAGAACCACAAAUAUCAUGGUACCGCCAGCGAAGUCCAAAGGGUUUUAAAUGCUAGAAGUAACCUUAAGGGACAAGCAAUUUUUAUUCAGAAGGAUUACACUGCAGCUGAACAGUCUAUUAGAUACAAUCUCAGGCAAGUUAGCAAAGUAAUAUCUAAGCAUAAAAAAGAUGUAAAAGUACGGCUUGGUGAAUUUUGUAUCUACAUCAACGAUAAACGCUUUACUUGGUUCAAUGGAAAGAUACGUUCUUCCGCUACAAACGAUGUAAAAUUUCUAGAAGAUAUAUUAGCUGAAUGCGGUUUUAGUUGUGAGGUUGUUUGCAACGAAAACGUAGUAUUAAAUAAAAACGAUAACAAUCCUUAUGUACAAUAGCUAGCUGAUUCGUGCCAUAUAAUAGCUUAUAACGUUUGUAACCUUGAAAAAUCGCUAAAUUUUGGAAACUUUAUAACCUUUUUAAAUAAGUUUGAUAUUUUCUUUUUGUUUGAAACCCAUGUUGUUGCUAAUAAACAAACUUAUUUCUCAUCAUUUUUUCAAAAUUAUUGUCUACACUGGGUUGAAGCAAUUAAAAUACAUAAAUCGGGUCGUGCUAGUGGAGGUUGCCUAUUCGGUUACAAAAGAGAAAUG